ACUCCCCUCUGACACAUACACACAGUUGAGUCCUGUCCAGUAAAGACAAACUCCCUUGCAGGUGGCAUGAGUUUAGUGACAGUUAGGAAUUACUCAACAAUCAAUUAGGAGAUAUCUUUUCGUACUUUCACUGGAGUCUUUUCCAAACUUAUGUUGACGAUUGACUGACGUGAGUCAGAAGGAACUUGUCAGUAGUAGAAGAUAAUAAAGCAACCCAACACAGUGACUUCACUCACGGGAUCGCGACUUAUUAAAACUAUGCAGCGGGGGUGUCUUUUGGGUCUGGCAAUAUUGGUGAUGGUGCUGGCCGGUGGACAGUCACAGGUGACACCGCCGACACAGACUCUCAUGACUACGGUGGAUACAAGUACGACACAGACUCUCAUGACUACGGUGGAUACAAGUACGACACAGACUCUCAUGACUACGGUGGAUACAAGUACGACACAGACUCUCAUGACUACGGUGGAUACAAGUACGACACAGACUCUCAUGACUACGGUGGAUACAAGUACACAGACUCCUUCGUCAACGCAUAGAUUAAGGGUUCAACCAACAGUGUCGACCCCCAUCAUUAUAGAGGAUUGUCCAACGGAGGAUAUCGUUGAGUUUACAGGAGAACCAGGGCGAUACAUAAGUUGGGCAGAACCAUAUGCUGAAGGGCAGAUCGAGAGAGAAAAAAAUGAAGAGUUGGGAUCAUCAUCAGGGAUAUAUUUAAAUGUCGGAGACAGUUUUGAAGUUGUGUACACCUUCACUGAUUUGAACAACAGGAACAACAAAGCCAUUUGUGCAUUCAAUGUAUCUGUGCAACCACAGUGUUCAAAUUCAGAAGAAAUAGCAUGUUCAAAUGGUGUCUGUCUGCCGAGAAAUACUUUGUGUGACGGAUACAAUGACUGCGGGGAUGGGUCCAGGGUUGACGAGUUGUACGGGGAAGGUUGCGGAUUUCCCAGAGGGAGUUGCGACGAUUCUGUCUUUGUCACGGCAUGUUCGCAGCUAAGCAGCCAGAUAAAUGCAACAGGUGCUGAAACCCGAGAGAACUCAAGUACAAUCCUUAGAUACACUGCACCAUCUGAUGCUACUUCUAACACAUUCCUGUUUGGGAUUAACCUACAGUUGAACAACCUUGUCAACAUUGGAGAAGCUGGGCUCGAAAGGGCUACUGCUUUUAUAACAGUCAAUUUGACAGAGUCGAAACAAACCGAUACAGUCAGGAUAUUCCUGUCUCCAAGAUCCUCAUUGGUGCAAAGGGAAUUCCGUGUCCCCCUUCGAGUCUUGCCAAAUGAAGAGAUUCUACUGAGCAUAGAGUACACGGAUAACGUCUUAACCAAUCCCACGAUGUUCCCCGUCCAGACACCUUGCCUCGACUGUGUCUCAGUUAACUUCACGACCUUUGUGAGCGGCUGUGGGGACGCUACUUGUCUUAGUCAGUACAACAAUUGGAAAACGGAGGUUAUAGGCUUGGUAGGCACCUCUUCUGCACAGUGUGGUAUUCCUGAACGGAAUAAUCUUUAUGACGAGUUGUACAUGAGUUGUUUCUCUCCGCCAGAGUUUAGCUUUAUAAGUCCCAGUCAGUAUUCUUUCGUUGAGGACAUGGUCAGGAUACGAUGUGAGGCAUCAGGCCAGCUGGCAACACUGGUUGAAUGGUAUGACUCAGAGAUGCUGCUUGUUGCAUCUGGCUUAGGAGUUGCUGUUCAUUCCUUAUUCGUUUCCGAACAAGAACAAAGUUUCGUCUGUGUCCUCGACAAAAUUGUGCGAUCUGAACAGGCUGUUAUUGUAGCUGCAUGGAAUGAUGAAUGUGAUCAACUGUUUAGGGAGAGGGAAAGUUUCCUUGGUGAGCAAUCAUCCGACUGUGUUGUUCAGGGUUCGAGGCCCGGCUCUCAGGUUGAUCAAAGUUUGUAUGUGUUCUUCCAAGGACCGAAUGAGUUUGCCUUUGAGCUAAGGCUCAGCUCACUGGGUGGUAAUCAAAUGAGUGAGGGCAGCAGCCCCCCCAAUGCAGCGGCUCCUGGGCAAGUGAGUAUUCUACCACCCGUCAGGGUCACCUUUGAGGAGGACUUCAUCAGACCUAGUAGAAGAAAACGAAACAUCAUUCAAACCAUCAUAUACAGCCGCGAUUAUGAGGGUGUCUACGUUUCGCAGUAUGAUGAUACCGUCUUCAAAUUGGAUCCCCCCGUGUUGUUGAAUCAGAGCAAAACCAUUUCUGCGUCUGUAGUGUUUCUAAACCAGCCGACCGAGGGUGAACAGCAGGGGUCAUUACAAGGGCAGGUGUCAGUGUCUACUAUUGGAUGUAUGAACAGUAGCGAUUCUAUCUGUAGCGGUCACUUUAAUGCGUGGUCACGCAAGCAGCAAGAGUUUGAAGCAACAGGCUGUAGCAGUGAGCCAAACUAUGCACUCGAGGCUUACAGAGUCUGCCAGAAUUUUGCAACUACCGAGCCUGUGAUCACGAAUCCCCCAAGAUCUGUAGAAGUCAACUCAACGUCGAUUGAUAAUUCCUUGCCAACAACAUUGGUGUGUGAGAUAGAAAAUGCAGUGGAGUACAAUUGGUACAAGGUUGCCCCCACACCCAGACGACAACUUGUUAAGAGUGGGAACGUGCUUCCCUUUGAGAAUAUUGACGAUUUGGACCAGGGAUUCUACAUCUGCACUGGGACAGGUGGAGGACUUUUUAUGGAUAGGACAGUCGAGACCAAACCAGCACUUCUCACUAUUGCAGGUGCUUCAAUCUUUAAGGUAACAGUGCGUCUUGUGAUGAACUUCACAGCUGAUUUGCUGGAUCAAGACAGCAGAGCUUUCAGGGAUAAUAAAGUGAUACUGCAGGAGCAGUUUAUGAGGCAGUUUUUGGAGAGCCCGACCGGGAUUCCAAACAUUGAAGUGAUAGCCUUCCGUCCAGGCAGUGUGAUCACAGACCUCAUCAUGUACUUCCAGCAAUCCAACCUCCAAGAUUCCGAACUUGGGAAUCAAAUCUACUUAGCGUUAGCACAGGCCAAUAACUCCCUAUUUCGACUCUCCCUUGUUCCUGAAAACACUACAGUGUUGAACAUAGGUUCCUGUGUGCAGUCGUCAGUCGUUGCAGGAAGUAGAAACCUGACUUUCCCACAGACUAGAAUCGAACAAACAGCCCAAACUGUCGAGCAGUGCUCGUCGCUCUCAUUUAGGGCUGGGAAGCCUCUUGCAACAAGAGAAUGUGUCGGAGAUCUGAUGACUGAGGCAGAGUGGCUUGAACCAGUCAUCAUUGAUUGUUCUGAAGGCGGAGAUGUAAAUAAUCUUCUGGAUGGCUUGGCUAAUGUUGAGGUCACUCCUGAGAAUGUUAUUGAGAUAGCCAUGGAGACUCUCAGUCUGUCGUCAAAUUACUCCGAUAUCGACGAGACUGGCAUCAAGGCAAUCGCUGAAAUCUUGAACAACAUCGUCACGGUUGAGACGGUCUCAAAGAGCCCUUCACCUGAGAUUGCAGCAGACAUUGUUGAAAUUGUAAGCAACGUCCAGGAAGUAGACCAGGAGACAUUUGACAAUCUCGGCGAUGACACCUCACCUUCCCUCAUCAUACUAGCCCUGGAAACCUACAUCACCGCGCUACAGAUGAGCGACUACCCAGCCAACAUUACUGAAAUACAGGAUAACAUCGCUGUUGUGGCAGUCGUUAUACCCCAGCAAUCCCUCCAAACUGGACUGGGGUUUGCCUCCAUCACUCAGGGAUCCGGGCUGGGGUCUCUGAAGACGGAGGAUAUCUCAAUUUAUUAUGAGCCCAAUAGCAUCCCAGUUGCAGAGGUGAAAUCGUCAAUCUUGGUGCCUGCUGCAGUAUUAGAUUACGUCACACCAGGCGAGACGGUACCCAUUAGCUUCUUCCUGUACCAGACCAGCAAGCUGUUCCGUUCCCCCUCUCUACAGGAGGCAAAGGACCCGGCAAAGUUGUUUCGUCGUGCUGUCGGCAGUCGCGUCAUUGCUGCCACCGUUGAGGGCAUUAAGAUUGAGAAUCUCCCAAUGGAUCAGCCUGUCAUCAGCGCUUUUCUCCCCCUGAAUGUCAGUGGCCCCGAUGAGAUGAUCAAUGGGUCCCAGUGCGUCUUCUGGGAUUUCUCGUUGAACGAUGGUUUUGGAGAUUGGUCAAGCGAGGGCUGCAGUAAAGCCCUAGUCAACAACAGCAGGACGGUGUGUCACUGUGACCACUUGACGAGUUUUGCUGUGAUUGUGGAUAUCUAUGGCAACCAGGAGAAUACUGUUUUAAGUAUCAUCAGUAAAAUUGGAUGUGCUGUGUCUGUCAUUGCCCUCCUUAUCACCAUCAUCACGUACCUCUACAUCAAGAAACUUCGCACUAAGCGCCCUCAGCAGAUCUUGAUCUGCUUCUCCUUCUCCCUCUUGGGGCUUUACCUCGUCUUUCUGACCGGUAUCGAAGCUACAGAGCCUGCAGUCGGCUGUACCAUCGUGGCGGUGUUGAUUCAUUUCUUCACUCUAGCUUCAGUGGCUUGGAUGGCCGUAGAAGCCACGAAUAUGUAUUUUCUCUUUGUCAAAGUACUCAACGCCAAUGUGUCACACUUCAUGCUGAUAGCGUGUGCCACUGCCUGGGGUUUGCCACUUCUGAUUGUAGUCAUCAUCCUUGCUGUAGACCACACCAAUUACGGAACUGCCGAUUAUUGCUUCCUGAAACCCGGUAACGCAUUUUACUUUGGCCAGAUCCUCAUCAUUGGACUUGUACUGCUAUUCAACUUUGUCAUCUUCACUUUGGUCAUGCGCACAUUGACCUGUGCCCGCAAGGGCCUCAACUCUACCUCAGACAGGGGAAAGCGGCAGGAGACACUGCGACGCCUCCAGAACGCCAUGGCUAUCUCGGUCCUCCUUGGUCUGACCUGGGUCUUCGGACUCUUGUCUCUCAUCGAGACAGCCAACUUUGUCUUCCAGAUCUUCUUCUGCAUCUUCAAUUCCCUCCAGGGGUUAAUGAUCUUCAUCUUGUUCUGUCUGAGACAGCAAGAGAUUCGCAAAGCUUGGAUGGCAUUCUUUAAAUGCGGAGAUGAUCGCAAAGCCAAGUACAGUAAUACAGCAGGCGUUAAAAGCAGGGGCAAUACAGAGACUAAUACCCAAGGUACCAUACCAUUGACCAAUCAAAGCACCAAGAGCACCAGUUAAAUACAAAACAGUGGUCACAAAUAUAGGGCCAGGAACCUUUUUCUGGUAGUUGAUUGAUUUGCUACCCCUUGUGUCUCCUUGGCAAUGACAUGACAGGGUGCAGUUUCAGUUGGAGGUUUUGUCUCUUUCGGUUUCUAUUGUGCGGACCAGAACACAAGUGCCUGUUACCCCUCACCUCAAAGCUCUCCCCAUCUCAACUGCAUCCCUAUCCCUCACUCUGAAUUUACUCAUCCCCAACGCCACCUAACUCCCCCAUUUCCAUUCCCAAUCGUGGGGUGUGGAUAUCAUACCCCCACAUUUCCCACCUUUGAAAAUGUACUUUUUUGCACCACUCCCCUAUUUCCCACUGAACUACUUUACAAUUGUAAUUAUGAACAAUUGUAUUGUGUGCUAAUGGUGAACAAAAGGAGAGGGUCUUUUGGGGCAAUUAUGACUGAUGUAUUAAUUAUGACUUUGCCUGCCCUCACCCCCAUCUCCAAUAAUAGUCACACCCUUGUGCCUCUGCUCCCCUCCUUCCUUUCCACAUCACUCAAUUAAAUUGUCUCAUCUAAAAAUCUCUUUUCCUUAAACUACUCUUUUUUCCCUAUUGUACUCCAUCCUCAAUUUAAAGCAUGCCCGAGAAAAACUAGAACAUGUCAUUUAAUCUUAAAGAAAAAAAGAUGUAGAACUUAUGUUUUUUAAUCUGAGUAAAAAAAAGAGAAAUAGACCUUAUGUCUUUCAAUCUGAAUGAAAAAAGGGAAAUAAAACUUAUAUAUUUUAAUCUGAGUGAAAGAAAAAAGAAAUAGCAGUUAUGUCUUUUAAUCUGAGUAAAGAAAAAAAAUAGGAGAAAUGUCUUUUAAUUUUAGUAAAAAAAGAUAGAACUGAUAUGUCUUUCAAUCUAAGUGAACAAAAUUAAGAAUUAGAAGUUAUGUCACAGUUGCCCUGAGACGGCUGUACAGUGAAAGACAGUAGCACCAGGGCUCAAUCUCAUAGAGCUGCUUAAGCAGAAAAUAUUGCUUAACAAUUUUCUGCUUAGUUAAAAAGGAGAAGGACACCGGUCAUAAAUUGUACAUGUGACAUAGUAAAGGCUGGUAACCUUAUUCUAAUAAACAUAAUUAUUUUGUGCUUACGUAGCUACUUUUGUACUUGAAGGCACUGUACACUAAUGGUAAUUACUCAAAAUAACGGUUAGCAGGUAAGCAUUCAAACAUACUUGGUAACGAGCAAUGGAGAGCUGUUGAUAGUAUAAGGCAUUGUGAGAAACGGCUCUCUCUGAAGUA